AUGUAUUCUCAACGUCCGCUCUCUUAUGCGCCAACGCCCUACAGCUACACGCCGAAUCCUGCGUUGGCUGCUUCGAUCAAUCUCGAUGAGGAAGUCAAGCUAGCCACGAGCUCUGCGGAGCGCGAUCUAUACGAGUCGCUCGCGGAGAUCUAUAGCAUCAUCGUCACACUCGACGGACUAGAGAAGGCCUAUAUCAAAGAUGCGAUUACGGAAUCGGAAUAUACGGAGACGUGCGCUCGCUUGCUGAAGCAAUACAAGUCCAGUUUGGGAGAUGAUGCUGUCGCACAGGAGUUUGGAGAUCUGGACACCUUCAAGCGGACAUGGGGGCUGGAAUGCCCCAAAGCAACAGAGCGACUACGCAUCGGCCUCCCGGCCACGGUUGAGCAAGCGUCCCACAGUGCCCCAACCCCGAGUAACGGCCCUGCAGUCGCCGGUGCUCCAGGAGGUGCAUCCCUGAUCUUGACGGCUACUGAAAACUUCAUCACGUUCCUCGAUGCGCUCAAGUUGAAUAUGGUCUCGAAGGAUGCGUUACACCCACUCCUGUCCGAGGUGAUCCAGUCGGUGAACAAAGUGACGGACCGCGACUUCGAGAACCGGGGGAAGAUCAUUCAGUGGCUUAUCACGCUGAACCAAAUGCGUGCAACAGAGGAAUUGAGCGAAGAACAGGCGAGGGAAUUGUCAUUCGAUAUUGAACAAGCAUAUCAAGGAUUCAAAGCUACCUUGGGCUAA